AUGGAUCCUAUUGUUAUACAAACUGUACUAGCCCUCGAAGUUGAUAAGUUUGGAGUAGCACCUAUGAAUCACCCAAUGUGUUCACCACUCCUUGGUGAAGGCAUCAUGACAGUCGACGGUCACGCAUGGAAGAAAUCUCGUUCGUUACUCAACCUAGUGUUUACCAAAGCUCAGGUAUCAGAGCUGUCUAGCUUAGAAGCCCAUGUCAAAAUAUUCAUGGAUCUCAUUCCUCGAGACGGGACUACAAUCGAUAUGCAACCACUAUGCAAAAAGCUUUUCCUCGAUAUCUCUAGCGAGUUCGUAUUCGGAAAAUCUGCAAAUUCUCUUUCGCCUGAAAAAAGCAGCACCGUUGGUCAUCGCCUGGUUCAUUUAUUCGAUGAGGCACUUGUGAAGAUGUUCCAACGAUAUAUCCUUGGGCGAUUUAAGUUUCUUAUCGGGGAAAAGAAAUGGUUUGCUCAAUGUGCGGAAGUUCAGGACACAGUUGACGAGCUUAUCGACGAAGAAUUCAAAAAUCAAGCUGCUGCGGCAAAAGAAGCUGGGAUUCUCAUGGGAAAUAUUAUCUUCAUGCUUGCACGACAUCCCCAAGUAUGGGCAAAGCUUCGGAAAGAAGUUCUCGAUAUCGGAGAUCAGAAGCUGACAUUUGAACUACUCAAAUCGCUCAAAUAUGUACAGGCUGUUAUAAAUGAAACACUCCGUCUCCAAUCCCCCGUUGGCGGAAGUUGGAAAACCUGCCUAGUACCUUGUAUCCUCCCCCACGGAGGUGGCCCCUCAGGCAAAGAACCUAUCCUUGUUGAACCAAGAGACGAAAUGCGUAUGUCUUUCACACCACUCCACACUGAUCCGGAUAUAUGGGGCGAAACUGCAUUGGAUUUCUUACCGGAAAGAUGGGCUGGACUCAAACAGAGUUGGAAUUACAUACCUUUCAUGGGAGGUCGACGUAUAUGCCCAGCACAACAAAACGCGCUUACGGAUGUUGCUUUUGUUUUGGCAAAGCUUGCGAGAAACUUCAAAGUGAUUGAAAAUCGGGGUCCGCAUCUGGAAUAUGUGGACAAGAUUGUGUUUACCAGAGAAUGUGCAGAUGGAGUUCAAAUCGCUUUUAUGCCAAUUUAG